GCUCACCAUGGUGUGGCUGUGGCGCGUGUUGUGGAGGAACUGGGUUCCAGCGGCGCGGCUUGGCGGGACGGACGGUGCAUGCAGGUCGGCCGGUCUCGCUGUCAGCCUCUCUGCCCGCUACUACAGCACCAAGACGGCCCCACACAUCCCGGGAAUGGAGUACCAGGAUGCCAUUUGCACGUUGAACACCCUGCAGACCAACGCCAGCGCCCUGGAGCAGGUCCGGAGGGAGCGGGGCCGCCCCGAGCUGCAGCUGCACGCCAUGAGGGCCUUCCUGAACCGGGCUGGCAUCACGGUGGAGGAACUGGACCAUCUGAAUAUCAUCCAUGUGACGGGGACAAAGGGGAAGGGCUCCACGUGCGCCUUCACCGAGCAGGUGCUGAGAAGUUAUGGCUUCCGCACUGGAUUUUACAGUUCUCCACAUCUGGUCCAAGUCAGGGAGCGGAUUCGAAUCAACGGGCAGCCAAUCGGGAAGGAGCUCUUCACGAAAUACUUCUGGCAGGUUUACGGACGGCUGGAUGAGACCAAGGAGGCUCACGGAGGAACGAUGCCGGCCUACUUCCGCUUCCUCACCAUCUUGGCCUUCCACGUCUUCCUCCAGGAAAAGGUGGAUUUGGCUGUGAUUGAAGUCGGGAUCGGUGGAGCUUAUGACUGCACCAACAUCAUCAGGUCGCCCUGGGUGUGCGGUAUCUCCUCUCUGGGAAUAGACCACACUCAGAUUCUGGGAGACACCAUCGAGCAGAUCGCCUGGCAGAAAGGAGGCAUCUUCAAGCCGGGUGUUCCAGCUUUCACCGUCCGGCAACCAGAAGACGCGAUGGCGGUGCUCAGAGACCGGGCGAAGGAGAUCCAGUGUCCUCUGAGGGUGUGUCCCGAGCUGGACGACUACCAGGUGGACUGCGGGCUGCUGCGCCUGGGCCUGGCCGGCCAGCACCAGCGGGCCAACGCCUCCUUGGCCCUGCAGCUGAGCCACAGCUGGCUGCAGAGGAGGUGUCUGCCGGAUAAAGGAUUUCCUGCCGACAGUGUGGACGGCAGCAGCGUCCUUCAGGCAGCUUCCUUCAAACCCAGCCCCAUCAUGGUGAAAGGCCUGGCGGACACGGAGUGGCCCGGCAGGAAUCAGACCCUGAAACACGGAGCGGUCACCUACUUCCUGGACGGCGCUCACACCAUGCGCAGCAUGCAGGCCUGUGUGCAGUGGUUCAGGGAGACGGCGGCUCAGCACGAGCGGAGCGCCAGUGGCCCCGUGUGCAGGGUUCUGCUGUUUAACGCCACCGGAGAGCGGGACUCGGCCGCCAUGUUCAAGCUGCUGCUGCCGUGCCAGUUCGACUUUGCCGUGUUCUGUCCGAACAUCACCGAGGCCAUCGCUUCCUGUAACGCAGACCAGCAGAACUUCAACGUGUCGCUGGAGAACAUGCUGACCCGCUGCCUGGACAACGAGCGCAGCUGGCGGCUCCACCAGGGCGGGGAGGAGCACGGGGACGACGGGCGGCUGCUCAUCCUGCCGCGGCUCCCGGAGAAGAGGGCCGACACGCUGGUGUUCCCCUGCAUCCUCAGCGCGCUGCAGUGGAUCACGCAGAACCGAGACCCCACGUUGGACCGGGCCGUCCCGCCCGUCAAGCCCGGCUUGAAGGACAAGGCGGCGCCGCUCCGCCAGGCAGCGCACAUCCACGUCCUGGUCACCGGCAGCCUGCACCUGGUGGGCGGAGUGCUCAAACACCUGGACCCGGCGUCCUCCAAGUGACCUUCUCCACAACGGACACAUGACCAGUCUGAACACCAGACAAGUGUGAGGACCCAGGCAGCUUCACCCAGAGCCUUAACACACACACAUACACACACACACACACUCACACACUCUCACGUUUACAUGGGUUAAUCUCAGAGUGGCUUUAUCCUCAUGAAACGAAGACCAUCAAACAACACUGAACAUGUGAGAUAUUCUGUAUAUGUUCAGGAACAGGAAAUACAUGCAGACGCCUCUCUAAUGGUUAUUUUCAUCACGUCAGCUGACAUCUUUACAGCAUCUCAAACACAGAUGUUACGAGGAAAAUAGUGACUUGAAUCUCAGAAUUAUCUGAAAUAUUUUUGUAGGUUUGUCCUUAAUUGUAGGUGUUCUUUGUCCUUCGUCUGGAUUUUGUCACACACACACACGCACACACCAUUUUUCUACUUGAUCUUAUCUCUGUUGCUCAGAGGCCAGUUUUGUUCUUGUUGGUCUGUUUUUUAGUUUAAUGUUACUUUUCUGUGUCAGAAUAAGUGUUGUGAGCUUCAGCCUUUCGUCUUCCAGUCUGGUGUGCUUCGCCUGCUCACUGCCUUUCAGCCAGUGUCAAAGAAACCCUGAAUAAGUGGCGAGAAGAGGUUCAAUUGUCUUAAUUUUAUUAAAUAACUGAAAUGCUGUAGAUUGUUAAAUGACUAACUGCAUUUUUUAACAAAAAAAAAAAAAAAACUAAAACCACGAAACCAUCAAAUGACGGAGAGUUUGGGUUAAACUGCUAGAAAGUUAAAAUCACUGAAACCGUUUUGUUAAGUAACAAAACUGCACGUAUAAACAGCUUUAUGCACUGUUUUCAUCAUUUAAAGGGGUUUUGUGGCUCCAUGGGAAUUUUAUCUGUUGGAAAGUGGUACAAUAAGUCUUAAUGGCGGGUGUGUGUGCACACAUGUGUAUGGAUGAUUUUUACCUAAUUUAUUUAGAAAAGCUGCACAUUAAUAACACAUCCUGUGCUUUUUACUGUUUCUGUUGGCAGCACUUAAGAAUUGAAUGUUUGCUUUGUGUUUUAACUGUGUCUUUAUUUCUCUCUCUCACAAACACACACACACAACACACAGACUCUUUGGUGCUGAUGUAAAUACUUCAUCUCCUCACAUGAGGUGUGAUCUGUCUGGUUGAAAUGACACUAAAUUAAAGUUGUAAUAAAAGCUGUG